AUGCUGGAGAGGGAGAUAUCACCGUCGAAUGCAACAACCGUUCAACUGCCCCACAGGUAUAUACCUAAUGAUGUCGUUCUCUCUAUUCUGUCCAAACUUUCUCUCAAAUCUUUCAAGCGAUUUCAAUCUGUAUGCAAAUCAUGGUCCCUUCUGUUUGAUGAUCCGUUUUGCAUGAAUCUGUAUCGCAAAUCAUUCUUAGCGAAGGACUCGUCUUAUUAUGAUGAUAAAUCUCCCAUCUUGUAUAUGUUAGGUGACCACUAUCGCCAUCGUUUAUAUUCUUUUUCUGGGGAGAGGUUUGAGAAUGUAGCCCUGAUAGAGUUGCCAAAGCCAUUUAAACAAAGUAAAUUCGAAAUUUUGGGUUCAACUGAUGUUAAUGGUAUUUUUUGUCUUCGUAUCCGUAAUUAUGGUGGUGAUGAAGUUAUAUUGUGGAACCCAACUACUAACGAAUUUAAGAAACUUCCUUCAAGCCGUCAACCCAACUAUAUACCUUUAGGAUGGGGCAAUGGUUAUAAUGAUCAUGGUUUUUAUGAUCAUUUUCUAGUUGGUUAUGACCACGCUAAAAAUGACUUUAAGGUGGUUCAAAUCACAUUUCAUCAAUCAUCUAUACGUGUUUCUUCUUGGGAGAUAUACAGCCUUAAUAGUAACUCUUGGAAGAAAAUGGAAGGUCAUAUCUCUCCAUUUUAUAUGCACUAUAACACAGUGUACAUGGAUGGAAUAUCUCAUUGGUGGAAUAGAGUUAAAACAAAUUCAAGUUUAAUGUCAUUUGACUUCAGUACUGAAUCCUUCAUGAUGACACCCAUGCCUUCUUAUGUACAUGAUUUGUUCGCUUGUAUAAUUCAAUUGAAUGGAUCCAUUGCUCUCACCUUACAUCAUAAAGAGACAUCUACAUUUCAUAUUUUAAUAUUGGGUGAAGUUGGCGUACAAGAAUCAUGGACUAAACUCUUUGUUGUUGGUCCAUCACCCCUCCUUAAACACGUUAUUGGAGCAGGAAAGAAAGGCAAGAUAUUAUUUAUUGGAAAAGAUAAUGAAUUACUCUGGUUUGAUUUAAGUACAGAAAUGAUUGACGAGAUUGGUGCUAAAUCACUCCCACAUGGUUCUCAACUAUUAUUUUAUAGAAAAAGCACUCUUCCAAUUAGGGGAAUAUAUAAUUAG